AGGCUUGUUGUGGAUUUAAAUGAUUUACGAAGUUAUGAUACAACACUUUGUCAUAAAUUACAAAUGAAUCCUUCAUAUUUAUUUCCUUCAUUGGAAAUUGCUUUACAUGAAGAAAUUCAGAAAAUUGAUUGUAAAUAUUUUGAACAAGAUACAAAAAUUUCUAUUGGGAUUUCUGGAAAUGCAAUUUAUGAUUUAUCGCCCAGAUAUUUACAAUCAAUACAUAUAGGAAAAUUAAUUUGUUUAGAAGGAAUUGUUACUUGUUGUGGAAAUAUUUCACAAAGAUUAAUAUCAUCAAUACAUUAUUGUGAAAAAACUAAAAUAUUUUCCAAAGUUGACUAUGAAAGUAACUUGUUAAAUGAUAAUAAUUUUAUAAAUCCAAUUCCAUUAGAAGAUGUUGAAGGAAAUAGUUUAGAUUUUGAAUUUGGACUUUCAGAUUUUGUGGAUACUCAAAGAAUAGUUUUACAAGAUUUACCUGAAAAAUCACCUGUUGGACAAUUACCUAGAUCAAUAGAAUGUAUUUUAGAAUGUGAUUUAUGUGAUCAAGUUAAAGCAGGAGACCGAGUUAAAAUAUUUGGAACUUAUAAAGUGAUUUCAAUACCUGGAAUUUUAAAAAAGAAAAAAUCACUUGCAAGAGUAUCACUUAUUGUAAAUAAUAUAAUCAAAACUAGUGGAAUUGUGACACCUUUAAAUGAUAUAUCUAUUAAGGAAAGUGUUUUAAUUAGUCAACUUUGUAAAUGUCCAAAUAUAUUUCAUAUACUUUCAAAUUCAAUAGCACCAUCUAUAUAUGGACAUGACAUUAUAAAAAAAGCAUUAUUGCUUUUCUUACUAGGAGGUGUUGAUAAGGAAUUUACUGAAACUAAUACAAAAAUAAGAGGAAAUAUUAAUGUAUUAUUAAUAGGAGAUCCAUCAACAGCUAAAUCUCAAUUUUUAAGAUUUGUACUUAAUUGUGCACCUUUAGCAAUUUCAGCCAAUGCCAGAUCUUCGAGUGGUGUUGGUUUAACAGCAGCUGUAGUUACAGAAAAUAAUGAAAGAAUACUUCAAGCUGGAGCAAUGGUUCUAGCAGAUGGUGGAAUUGUAUGUAUAGAUGAAUUGGAUAAAAUGACGGAUGUGGAAAGAGUUCACAUGCAUGAAGUUAUGGAACAACAAUCUUUUUCAGUUUACAAAGCAGGUAUUGCUGUAAGACUUAAUGCAAGAUGUUCAGUGCUGGGAGCAUGUAAUCCUGUUUAUGGUAAAUAUGAUAAAAAUUUACCAAUUCAUAGAAAUAUAAUGAUACCUGAUACUUUAUUAUCUAGAUUUGAUCUGGUUUUCGUUUUAACAGAUGAAAAUGAUUCAACAUUAGAUAGAGAUAUUGCGAGACAUGUAUUAGGAGUUCACAAAUUUACAAAUGAUUCAUCAACAUCACAUAUUCUUAAAGAAGAAUUGAAUAGUACUCUCUUCUCUAAUAAGAAUGAUUUAAAAGAUGAAAUUUCAUACUCUGAUACAGAAGAGAUUAUUAAAAAAGCAGAACGAGGACAAUUAGAUUCUCUACAUGUACCUCUAAAUAUAUUGAAAAAGUAUAUACAAUUUGCCAAGACGAAAUAUUCUCCAGCUUUAACAGAUAAAGCAAGAGAAAUGAUUUCACAGAAAUAUGUGGAUUUGAGAAGUGAAUUCAUGAAAGUGGAUUCUCAAAGAGCUCAUUUUCCAAUUACACCAAGAACACUUGAAGCAUUAAUUAGAUUAUCAUCAGCUAUGGCUAAACUUCAUAUGAGAAAUGAAAUUUUGGAAGAGGAUGUUGAAAUGGUAUUUAAAAUUUUUGAUGGAAGUUUAAAUUAUUUAAAUUGUGGAGCUAAACAAAUAAUUACAACAAUAGAAACUGUAAAGAAAACAAAGAAAGAAACAACAGUACCAGCCAAUUUUGACUAUGUCUCUUAUAUUAAGCAUCACUUAAUAAGAAAGACACAGAGCGGCUCUAUUGAAUUGGAAAGCUUUAAAUCAUUCAUUUUGAAUCAACAACCAAAAGUAGUAGAAAAAGAUGUUUUAACAUUGGUAUUGAAUCAAUUCAAUGAACAAGGUUUUUGCGUUAUUUGCGAUGAUACGAAUGGAGUCCCAACAAUUUAUCGCUUCUCUUAA